AUGUCGCCCCGCCCAUACGAGGGCGACUCGCUUCAAAUGGGCACGGCUGUGACGUUGGCGCCUCCGAGCCACUUAUCAAUAUCGCUCAUGGUCGACGCACCCGCCUCGCUCGAAAGCCAAGCCGAAGCGCUGCUGCCGCCGCCGGCCCCGACGCCGUCGCGCGCCCGAUGGAUCAUCGGCGUCAUCUGCGUCGUGAUCGUGGCCAUCAUCUGGACGUUCUCGAGUGUGCUCAUCCAGUACGUCUUCAAAGACCUCGACUUCAGCCGGCCCUUCUUCUUGACGUACUACGCCAACUCGCUCUUCGCCGUCAACCUCCCGCUCUACUACAUUGGCAAGGCGCUCGGCUACGUCAAGCCCAGCGCGCACCAAGCCAACUUUCGCGAGACGCUCGUCAUCAGCGCCAUCAUCGCGCCGCUCUGGUUCAUCGCCAACUACACGUACACCAUCAGUCUCAGCCUGACGAGUGUCACGAGCAGCACGAUCAUUAGCUCGACCUCGGCCAUGUUUACGUUUGCCCUCAGCAUCUACUUUCUUGGCGAGAAGUUUACGUGGCCCAAGCUCGCCGGCGUCGCGCUCUGUAUGAUCGGCAACUCGUGCACCGUCUUCAACGACUCGAGCAGCGGCAGCGAAAGCGUCUGGGGCGACAUCCUCGCGCUUGUCGGCGCCAUCAUGUACGGCGUCUACACGACGGCGAUCCGCUACAAGAUCCCGGACGAGACGAAGGUGAGCAUCUGCCUCUUCUUUGGGCUCCUUGGUGUUGUCAACGCGGUCGGUCUCCUCCCGUUCGUCCUCGCGUUCCACUACACGGACGUCGAGAGCCUCAGCGACCUUACGGGCAAGAUCGUCGGCCUCAUCACAGUCAACAGCCUCUUCAACAACGUGCUUGCCGACUACCUCUGGGCCCUCUCGAUGCUCUUCACGACGCCGACGGUGGCCACGAUCGGUCUCUCGCUCACGGUGCCGCUCGCGAUCGUCUCGGACUACGUCCGCCACUCGAUCUCGCCGACGGCCGUCACGUGCGUCGCGUCGGCCUUCGUCAUUGCUGGUUUCAUCCUCAUCAACGUCACGAGCAAAAAGGUCACGGACGAGACGCCUCUGCCAGAGGCCGAGAAGACCGAAUCGUAG